CACGCGCACAGGUCUACUCCCCGCGAAAUGGAGCGGGUGUUGGCGGACGCGCUUCUAACACAGAGUCCGGAGCCCUGCGCGUUGCUGGGCGCGCUGUGCGGAGGAGAGGCGAGUGCGGAGCGGACAGAGACCCUGCGCCUGGUGCUGCAGCGGCUGGAAGAGCGCGGCGCAGGCGCCGCCGUGCUGGCCAAGGCGGCACACGAGGUGGCCAAGGGCCACCUGGUGCCCUUACUGCACGCGUCCCAGGGCGGAAGGCCUGCGAGUCCCCGCGUGCUCCGAGCGGCGAGUGCGGCGCUGCGCUCGUGCGCGCGCCUGGCAGGUCCUGAGCUGGCGGUCACUUUGGCCGAAGAAGCGCUACGCGAGCUGCCGGACGCACCGGCUGUGGAGCUGCUGGCCGCCGUGGCGCCGUGUCUGCGCGCGCCGGAGGAUGCCCCGCUGUUGCGUCGCCUGGCGCGCGCGUCUGUGGAGCUGGCGCUGGCCGGGGACGCGCCGCCGGCCGUGGGAACGCGCCUGCUGCCCGCGCUGGCACAGAGCGCAGAACCGGCUCUGCGUGCGGCGUGGGACGCGCUGAGCUCCGCGCGGCCCGGAUCUGAGGGCAGCACUGGGCCAGAACUGCUGGUGCUGAGCGCACUGACCGAGAAGCUGCUGCCCAACCGUGAGCGCCACGGGAAUCUUGACGCCCGUCUCUGCGGCCGGUUCUGGAGAACAGUACAGGCGGGGCUGGGCCGCGCGCAGGACGCGCUUACGCGCAAGCGAGCGCGCUACUUGCUGCAAAGGGCUGUACAAGUGUCUGCAGAGCUGGAGGUGGACUGCUCCUGUGGCCCCCAGGACACAAAGGGUCCGAGCCUAUUCUGGUGGUCUGAGAAGAAAAGAGACGAACUUCUAAAGUUUUGGGAAAACUAUAUCUUGAUCAUGGAAAUUUUGGAAGGAAACCAGAUACAUGUCAUAAAGCCAGUCUUACCAAAGCUAAACAGUCUGUUUGAAUACGCAGUAUCAGAGGAGAAUGGCUGCUGGUGCUUUCACCCCUCUUGGCACAUGUGCGUCUAUACAAGAAUGUUUGAAGGCGAGAAUAAAAUUCUGGCCAAAGAAGGUGUGAUCCACUUCUUGGAGCUGUAUGAAGUGAAAUCGCUUCCUUAUUCUCCGGAACUCUCAGAGUUUAUCACUGGCCCGCUGAUGGAUGCCCUCUCAGAGAGCUCUCUGUACAGCAGGUCCCCAGGGCAGCCGUUGGGAAGUGACUCUCCCCUGGGGUUAAAGCUGCAGAAGUUUCUAGUCACUUACACUUCCCUUCUUCCAGAAGAAACAAAGAGUCAUUUCCUGUUAAAGUUCAUUCAGAGGAUGGCAGACAGACACUGGUGUGCAGUGCCGGUUUUGUUCCUGUCCAGGGCUUUGGCAAGCAUACCCAGCUGUAAGGCCCUGGGUGGAGAAGGGCUUCUCGCCCUCAGGGAUGUUCUCCAGUGCACCAUGAUCACACACCAGGUCCUCCUGAGGGGAGCAGCUCAGUGUUAUCUUCUUCAGACAGUCAUGCGUCUGGUGGAUGUGGAGAAAGUGUCUCUUUCUGAUGCCUCAGCUUUUCUCAUGUCUCUGAGACAAGAGGAGUCCUUGGGACGUGGGACCAUGCUGUGGACAGAGCUCUGUGACUGGCUACAUGUCAAUGAAAGAUACUUUAAGCAGUCCUCAAUUGGUGGCUCUGACGGAUGCGAGGCAUCGUUAAAUGCUUAUGUGAAGAACCUAGUUCAAGAAUUCGUGAAGUCUCCUGGUUGGGAAAAAGAAAGCAGCUUCAUGCCAGACUGGCUGGAGGCCAGGCUGACGGCGCUGAUGGUCCUGCUGGCUGUGGACGUGGAAGGAGUGAAGACCAAGUUCAGGGAAAAGCAGAGGACUCAGAACGUGUUGCGGAUCUUCUUAGACCCCUUGCUGGAUACCCUAGGGAAGCUUGGCACCAAUGCCUACAUGCCCUUGCUGAGGACUGACCGGUGCCUCCAGCUGCUGGUGACGUUGCUGCAUUCUUGUGUGCCAAGAGGUUCCGGUGCCCAGGAUGAUGAGGUAUCCACUGCCCUCCAGGCCUCCAUUAUGUCUGUGGCGGAGAGCGUGUCUCAGUUUGUGCUCAGGAGACUCACCAUGAACGAGCUGCAGGGCGUGGCGGAUGUGGACCGCUGCCAGCUCUACCUGACGGUGUUGGCGGAGCUCGUGAGUCUCCAGGUUCAGCAGGGCUGGAAAGCAGGCAACCCCAUUGGCCGAGUCAUCUCUCCUCUGAAAAACGCAUGCAUUCGCCAUCUGCAGGAGGCUGAGGGCAGACAGGAGCCGACCCUGAGUCAUCAGGUGCAGAGAGUAGUCAGCAUGGCCACCCUGGCAGCCCUGUGUGAGGCUGUGGACCAGCACCCAGUGCUACAGCCUGAUUCUCCCAAUGCCGAGCCUGUGGACAGGUUCCUGUCAGCUCUUCCACUCAAUCACAUGCUUCAGAAGCCCCGUUCAGAGGAGCAGAGCAUCGGUGUGUGUCCCCUGGAGAAUGGCAGUGUCUUUGAAGAAUCAUCAUCUUCCAAAGGAUGGGGGAAAGUAGUCACACAGUAUCUACAUGAUCAGUGGGUUUGCCUCUCCUUCCUGCUGAGAAAGCACCACUGCCUUAUUCCAGCCAUGGAAAGCGACGUGCUGGAGUACUUUCUCCCUGCUGUUGAGAUGCCCAUUCAGACCUUGCAGUCAGCGCUGGACGUCCUCACGAUCCUCCCUGCCGGCCGCAUCUUGCCUGUGUUCCGCUGCAUGGAGGUGCUGGUUCCCAAGCUCCUGACCUCCGAGGAGACGCUCUGCAUAGAAUCCUUUGAUGUGGCUUGGAAAAUUAUAUCUUCCUUGAGCAACACACAGCUGACGUUCUGGCCUAAUUUAAAAGCUUUUGUUCACUUUGUUUUUGAUCAUGAGAUUCUUACCAUUGCUGCAAAACUCAAGAGCCAGGCAUACUUCAAAAUAAAAGAGAUUAUGUGCAAGAUGAUUGAAAUGUCCUUCAUAAAGACAGGUGUCUUCAAUAUUCUGAUAUGCCACUGCUGCCAGUCUUGGCUAGCAGCCGCUUCCAGUGUGUCCCAGGGGUCAUUCUCCACUGCUAAGGAUUACAGUGAACUUGUCCUGGAGGCUUGUGUGUUUGGGGCAGUGUUUAGGCGUGACCAAAGACUCAUUCAGGAUGUCCAGACCUUCAUAGAAAACCUUGGACAAGGCUGUGCAGCAAACAUCAUCAUCGAGAACACUAAGAGAGACGAUUAUUAUGUGAGAAUCUGUGCCAUCAAGUUCUUGUGUCUGCUAGAUGUCUCUGACGUGUCCCACAAGGUGUUUUUAGAAGAUCUUGCCAUCAAGCUCUUGGAUAAGGAUGAGUCAGCAUCCCGGUCCAGAACUCGAUACCACGAGAACUCCCUCCAGCACCGGGUGAAGAACCGUGCGUGGCAGACUCUGCUUGUCCUCUUCCCUGCAUUUGAUCAGAACUUCUUACAUGGGAUUAUUGAUAAGGUUUUCCAUGCUGGCUUCACCAACAAUCAAGCAUCCAUAAAAUAUUUUAUUGAGUGGCUUAUUAUAUUGAUUCUUCAUAAAUUCCCUGAGUUUCUUCCAAAGUUCUGGGAGUGUUUUUCUUACAGUGAAGAAAGAAUCAAAACAAGCAUUUGUACAUUUUUAUCUGUUUUAUCACAUUUGGACAUCAUUGUUCAGAAUAUUCCAGAAAAGAAGCUGGUUCUGAAGCAAGCCCUCACCGUUGCCCUCCAGUGGUGUCUGAGCCACAACUUCAGUGUUCGGCUCUAUGCUCUGGUGGCCCUCAAGAAGGCCUGGCACCUGUGUAAAGCGCUGCAGUUUGAAGAGUGUGGGGCCUGGGCCACAGUCAUCGAGUGCAGCCUCAGCCAAGCAGAAAGCAUGCACGGAGCAGGGAACGCCAGGAAGAACUGGCAGCGCAUCCAGGACCAUUUCUUCUUCUCCACCUUCCACCCCCUGAAGGACUACUGUCUGGAGACCAUAUUUUAUACGCUCCCACGGCUCUCGGGUGUCACUGAAGAAGAGUGGAUCACCUUGGAUAAAUUUGCCAAUUUCACCGACAUCCCUUCCAAUAUAGGAUCUCAGUGGUACCUAUCUGGGACUGCACUCGAUGAGCUGAGUCCAGGAGACUGGUCCCAGCAGGACCAAGGUUCUGCUUUGGGUGACACAGACAGCCAAACAGAGUGGGCUGAUGUCCAGAAAAAAAUCAUCCCAUGGGGACAAAGCGCUCUGGAGUCAGACCUGGAGCUUGCAUUUCCGGAUCGGGCUGCCAAGCUCGGAAAGUCCAUCAGCAGACUGAUCGUUGUGGCCUCACUCAUUGACAAGCCAACCAACCUAGGAGGGCUGUGCAGGACCUGUGAGGUGUUCGGGGCUGCAGUACUUGUUGUUGGCAGUCUUCAGUGUGUCAGCGACAGACAGUUCCAGCACCUCAGUGUCUCUGCAGAGCAGUGGCUUCCUCUGGUGGAGGUGAGACCAUCCCAGCUGAUGGAUUAUCUGCAGCAGAAAAAGGCAGAAGGCUACACUGUCAUUGGAGUGGAACAGACAGCGCAAAGCUCGGACCUGGCCCAGUACCGCUUCCCUGAGAAGUCGCUGCUGCUGCUGGGAAACGAACGGGAAGGAAUCCCAGCCAACCUGAUCCAGCAGCUGGAUGUGUGCGUGGAGAUUCCUCAGCAGGGCAUCAUCCGCUCACUAAAUGUGCACGUGAGUGGGGCUCUGCUGAUCUGGGAGUACACCAGACAGCAGCUGCUCAGGUGUGCAGAGCCACCAUCCUGAAGGCCGGGCCUCACCUGCGAUCUCUCACGGUGCUGUGGAUGGUGACUUACAACCUUCUGGGCUAACGAAAUAUUCUGAGAUGUCCUGGGAUUAUCUUCGUGUCUCUAGCCUUGCACCUCAAUGCCAAAAUCUCUUUGUGUGCCUUAAAGUAUAUCAUUAUAUAUAUUGUCCCCUUUUUAGCUAACCUUUUAAAAUAUUUUAAGCAUUUAUGGAAUUUUAAAAAAGGAAUUUUUAAGAUAUGUUCUUCCUAGAGACCGAUGUUGUCAGGCUGGCAGAACUAAAGUUGUUAUUUAUGUGCACCUAUGCCCUUCUGUUUUGAAGCAGCAGCUGAGGCAGAGGGAAAACUUUGAGAGGCACCUGUGUAUUCCUACUGAGGGAAGGAGCACGUGUGGCAGGAUGUGGAUCAGUUCCAAUGACGGUCUUUAUCCUCAGGUCCAUUCCUGAAAUUCCAAAGCCAUGAAUUGAUACCUCAUUGUUUGUAUUAGGUUUAAAUGAGAUUUGUCCUAUACAGCUGUGCCCUGAUGGUGGUCGGAAAUCUGUCUCUGAGGACUAUAAUCAUCACCCUCUCUCGCCGUUGAGCCACUCCCGUGAAUCCCUACUGAAACCAAGAACGGAACCCAUGAAUGCUUUCUGUCCAGAUAAGUGCAUCAUUCAAUGGUAAUCAUUAUUAUCCAGCAAGGAACUUGUUUAUUCCUGGAACCCUUUGAGUAAUACUCAAAUGUCUCCUGAAGUUUUGAUCUACAACAGUGUUUUGAACAUAGACCACCACAUCUCCAGACCCCCACUUCCUCCAGAUGCUGCUCCUGUGGUCUGAGAUAACCGACAUUAUUGGUCUGGCUUCCUUCAGGUAGCCCAGCACAUCGGGUGUUUGCUUGUGUUGUUGGUAUUCCAUCCGUCACUGGGAUAUAGUACUUCAUCUCCUCCUGCCGCUGGCAUCUGAUUGAGUGAUGCUGUUGGUUUUGCUUUCAGUUCAUUUGGUGAGGCACCUAGGAGUGGGGCUGGUGGGUCAAAGGUCAGUGUUUGUGACUGAAAACCUUUGCAGAGGGCUUUCCUAGUUUACAGUAUCACCAGGAGUGACUUGUUCUGCAUCCUUGUCAUCAUUUGGUAUUGUCAGACUUUAAGCUAUUCUAAUAGGUAUCUAGAGAUACAUUAAUAUGGCAUUACCAUUAUUCCAAUAUUUAAUAUUUAAUAAGGAGGCUCUUUAGAUAUUUGUCUUCUGUCGAAUUUUCUUUUGAGAAAUAUAUAUUCACACAAUUUGCCCACUUUUUAAGCAAGAUCAUUUUUCUUAUUAAGAAUCAUGAAGUUUUUUUUAAAUUAUUAUUCUGGAUUCAAGUUCAAGAAAUUGUGAUUUGUGAGUUACUGUUACACUUCUGGGGAGCCCAUCCUUAGGCAUUUUCUUAAUCAUCUUGGAAUAGACCCAAUUUUCCCUUCCCAAUCUACAUAUUUACUUCUUGUCUUACUGAACUAGGGAGCAACCCAGGUAUUUGUCUGCUCUCCGAGGAUAUCUGAACAAAUGUUUUAUUAUAACCCAUCAAUUAGUUAAGGCUUCUUCCAACUUCAUUGUGUAGUUUCUAUAUUAAAUACUAACUGCCAGAAUAACAUAGAAUAACCUAUCUUAGCUUUUAUUUAUUUUAUGUGCAACUAUAUUUGCCUACUAUGCAGCUUUUAUUCCAAAGGGGGAAAAUGAAGAUAAACC